GUUGCCCCAGCAACAGCCCUAGAGGCGGGUGUGGCUUCGGAGGUUUUUUUCCGGCGCUUCGGCUUUCUCGUGACUGGGGAGGUCCGGGGAGAGGCGCGAGCCUUUCCUGGAAGGUUCGCGCCCGUGGACAGAAAGACAAGCCAGACCCACGAACUAUAAACCCCGACCGCCACUUCGGCCCUUCCUCACCGUUAGGAGCGCUGAGGGCCAUGGCGGAGGUGCACGUGAUCGGGCAGAUCUUGGGGGCCACCGGGUUCUCGGAAAAUAGCCUUUUCUGCAAGUGGGGCAUCCAUACAGGAGCAGCAUGGAAACUCCUGUCCGGUGUGCGGGAGGGCCAGACUCAGGUGGACUCGCCACAGAUAGGGGACAUGGCCUAUUGGUCUCAUCCCAUUGACCUGCACUUUGCCACGAAAGGCCUCCAAGGCUGGCCUCGGCUCCAUCUGCAAGUGUGGUCCCAGGACAGCUUCGGCCGCUGCCAGCUCGCCGGCUACGGCUUCUGCCACGUGCCCAGCAGCCCCGGCAGCCACCGGCUGGACUGUCCCACCUGGCGGCCCCUGGGCAGCUGGCGCGAGCAGCUGGCGCGCACAUUCGUGGGCGGAGGCCCGCAGCUGCUCCACGGAGACGCCGUGUACAGCGGGGCCGACCGCUACCGCCUGCGCACGGCCGCCGCGGGCACCGUGCACCUGGACCUCGGCCUGCUGCUGCGGCACUUCGACCGCUACGGCGUCGAGUGCUGAACCCCGAAACCCGGCGCGCGCGGGACCUGACCACGCGGGCUUGUCUGGGCUGGGACCACCCAGUGGCCACCCACCCACCCA